GUGAAGGAAAGUGUCACCUUGUCCUACAUAAAACCCAAAAUUCACUCACAAAUAUUCACCAGUCUUGCUCGACUCUCUUAGGAAACAAAGCUCAUCAAAAAUGGGUAGAAAUCUUAACACUCCAUUCAGUUUUACCAUCGUCCUAAUCGCUGCAUUUGCAACAAGUGGGUCAGUUCAUGCUGGCCAAAUAUUUCAAUGGGACAGCGGAAGACCGAUACUCUCCGAUGAGUAUGAACUUUACGGGUAUAACAGCGCUAAAUGUGUCACCCUUCACGGAGACAAUCUUGAGAACGAUGCCAUCAUCGAUAUUUGGGGUUGCCAGCAUAAAAUUAAUCAAAAAUGGACUUUUGGUUCGUUCGAUUGGGCUAAUUCCGCCAACACGGGAAGGUACGCUUUAGUGAAUCGCUUAUCUGGAAAAUGUCUCACCGCCGGGCCUCGAGGUGGUAGCACGGAUGAGGAUGAAUUUCAACAAAUUCACGUCUAUCAGUACGCCUGCUCGUCGGAGUAUAAUCCAUACCAAUUAUGGGAAAUGAAUCAAAGUUGGGACUAUCGGACGUAUUGGUUCAUCGAGAAUGUCGGGACGAAGAAAUGCCUCUCGGUUUCUAAAGGUCAAACUAAUGAGGGGGCUGCCAUGACUGUGUGGGCUUGUGACACCACAACCCCGAGCACGAACCAGUUGUAUUAUUUUUGGUAAUAAUCAUAAUUCGUUUUUUGUUAAAUUG